GGGAGGCAGCGGGGAGUGCCGGCAGGCAGCAGUAGCGAGCGGCUCGUUUGUGCGGCCUCGGCCUCCCGCGAUCGGUUCCGGGAGCGGGUGUCAGGGGUCAGGCAAUCCGCGGGCCGCUCCUCCUCGCAGUGGCCGCUCGCUAGCGAGGAGCAGCGGGAGCAGGAGGCCGCGGCUCCGUCCACCUGUCGUCCCCCGCAGCCUCCGCAGGAGAAAAGGCGCCGCUGCGAGGCCUGCACUGUGCGACAGCGGCGUGAGGAUGAAGGCGUCGCUGUCGGCAGCGUCCAAUAAAUAGCGACCAAGAGUCGAGGCCCGACGAUGGCUCGGCGCUGGGAACGUGCGGUGGAGGCCCUCGGCGGCCUGGCUCCGGCGUGGAGUGUGGCCCUGCGAGUGCCCAGCAUUCUGGCCCUGGAGCGGCUCUACCGCUGGGACGGCCACGUCUCUCUGGACGAGUUGGGCCUUCCCGACGCGCCGCUCUUGCUCGCCAAGUACCAGUCCGUGAUCUGCAACCUCUACUACCUGGGCCACAUCUUGUGCAUCGUGAUGCUCGGGCUGCCGCUGCAGCGCCUCGUCCGCCUCUACCUGUGCGUGCUUACUGCCGGGCUGCUCUACGCAGGACACCACAUCUCCAGAUUUUACGUGGAGGCAGAGCUGGAAGCUGGUUAUGAAGGUCCAGUACUGACCCAGCCGGAUGCACGCACACGCUUCUUCUUCUGCUUGGCUGGUCAGCUGGUGGUGUGCACGAUGUGCUUGCUGCUAAUGCAGUCCAGACGGUUGUGGCUAUUCUCGGCACCGCUGCUACCACUGCUGGCAAGGCUGUGCUCGGUGCCGCUCCCAACUCUACCAGUGGUUAACUGUUUUGCCAUGGCCUUUACGGGGCUGGAGGUGUUGUGCUACUUAGUCUCAAACCUGGGUGUCCCCUACGACCUUGCCAAGUCUGCCUAUCGUGAGGCCGUACAGGUCACAGAGAUGUAUGGCUGGCUGGCGCUGGGCAUGAGUCUUUGGCAUUCGCUGGUGGUGCCCAUGCUGUUUAUGGUGUUCUGGCUGGUGCUCUUCUCGCUGCACAUCUACUCAUACGUGACCACACGUGGGCAGGCCGUAGUGCGCGAACGACUGCUGCUGCUGCUCUUGACCAGUUUGGCAGAGUGCUGUGGGUCACCCUACUCUCUUCUGGGCCUCACCUUCACUGUGUCCUACCUGGCACUUGGUGUGCUCACACUUGGAAAGUUCUACCUGCAAGGAUACCAAGCCUUUGCCAAUGACAAUGUCAUGCAUAGGGGUGUGACGGAGGGUGCCACACUACUGCUGCUCGCCGUACAGACAGGGCUCAUGGAGCUGCAGGUGCUGCAGAGGGCUUUCCUCCUCACCAUCAUCCUCUUUAUUGUCGUGGCCUCCACUCUGCAGUCAAUGUUGGAGAUUGCUGACCCCAUUGUGCUUGCACUUGGGGCAUCCAAAAACAGGAGCGUGUGGAAGCACUUUCGUGCCAUCAGCCUCUGCCUCUUCCUCUUCCUAUUCCCCCUCUACAUGACCUACUCCAUCUGCCGCUUCUUCACUCUUGACUUCUGGCUCCUCAUCAUUGUGUCCAGCAGCAUCCUGACCUCUCUACAGGUGGCGUGCACUCUCUUCAUUUACCUUCUCUUCCUUUAUGAAGAAGUGGUGGAGCGGCCUCUUGCUGCGCUUGAUGACAUAAUCUACAUAGCCAAUGGAUCAUGCCGUGCAUUAGAGUUUGUGGUGGCAGUCGGGGUAGUGGGCUAUGGUACGGCUGAAACAUUGUUGGGCGAGUGGAGCUGGCUGGGGGUCUUUAUCCUGGCCGUGCACGCCUACUACAAUGUGUGGCGGCGUGCACAGCACGGGUGGAGGAGCUUCCUGCGCCGCCGUGAAGCCGUGAGCCGUAUAAACGCCAUGCCCAUUGCUACGGAACCACAGCUGCGUGCACUUCAAGACGUCUGCUCCAUUUGCUACCAGGACAUGGAGAGUGCAGUGUUGACACCAUGUGGACACUACUUUCAUGCAGGCUGUUUACGCAAAUGGUUGUAUCUACAGGAGACUUGUCCAAUGUGCCAUCAGGUCCUGGGUGGGUCGACACACAGCCCUCAGCAGCAGCAACAGCAGGCACAGCACAACCUUCAGCGGGAGGUUGUGGUUGUUGAGGAACAGUUACAGAGUAGUUCUGGAGAGAAACGACCACUCGGUGCAGACCAACCACAGCUGUCAGCAGAGCAGCAGGAUAUGGAAAAUCAAGAGAUGAAGUUGUCACAACCAACAUAAUGAUCCUGCAAGACUGAGACUUGGUGAGACGUAUGGCCCAGUGUGCAGUCGGGGCUUGGAGAGUUGAGUUUCAAAGGACAAUGCAUGCGUUUGACAGAUUGCCCUCAAAGGGAUGUUUCAAGGUUGAACAGCCAUCCUAUCUUGGAAGUUGGUGGGAGAAUAGGUGGGAUGGCAAGGAUGAAAAGCGGUAUGCAUGGCCUACGUUUUACUGAGGAUCAGUUGAUAGAAUCUUUAGUGGACUUUGUGGGCAGUGAAGUAUUUUCCAAGAUGCGUUGUCUGGAUCAAGUAGCCUUAAGAUAUCCAUGAAAGGGAUUCAAGCCAGGGUGGGUAGAACCAAAGCACGUGUAAAAUCAUGCACUCGUUCGAUUUAUUGCAUUGUGCAGAGUAAGUAUAUUUUGAAAAUACUGUUAAGGCAGUUGACAUGACGUUACUGUGCAGGCUAAGUAGAGAUGAGCAGAAUCAAUGCAGCCACAGCCACAUUUCGUCCAUUUGAGCGCAGCCAAUUGGCUUUGCAGGGAAAACUCAAAUGUGACGUUCUGCACCUUGGCACAAUUGCACACGGUUAUCAUGGGUGUUGCACCAAGUCGAUUUGCACAUGCAAAUCUUGGACGCUGGCAUGAGCUCACAGCCCACACUGUAUCAUUCUGAAGGUAUUGCAUACCCAGAAGGUAUACUUGUUGGCCAUAGCGUCAAGCCCAGUGUAGGCUUAUGUGCAUGGCAGCUACCUUGAUUCAUUCUUCAUGACCAUUACUGCCUGCACAGUCUGACCGACUGCUGUAUACUGCCUGGUGAGUUCAGACUAUGACCCGGCACGUGAUACAUAUUUUUUACAUUUUGAAACUUAAAACUUGUCAUUUCACCAAGUAAGGCCCACUGAGCUACAUAGCUCUUUUUCAGAAGCAACCUGGCCACAAAUGAUAACGAAGUGGCUUAUGUGGAAAUGUAU